CCCUGGCACACAUAGUUCACAGAGGCAUUACAGAUCACCCAGCUGUGGAAUAGGUGGCCCGCAUCUGAGAAGGCUGCGUGUGUGACUGUUUAGGCCAGAAGAGAGAGAUGGACAUCCUAGAAACAAGUGCUUAUGAUCGCAGACAACGCAGGAACACGACCUGUGUACUGUUUCUGUAUCUCCUCCCUUUUUUCACAUCCUGUGCAAUAUACUUCUACCUGUGGAUCCCAGACUCCACCCCCUCUCUUCUGGCUGCAGGCAUUAAGGCUGCUCCCAUCCUCUGUCUGGUUCUUCUGGUGCUCAGCUAUAAUGGAGGGCGGAGUCUAGUGGGCGUGGCUGGAGGGUUGCUGCUCUCAGCGGGCGGAGACUUUUGCCUUAUUUGGCCAGAACUUUUUAUCCAUGGAAUGGGCUGUUUUGCUCUGGCCCACUUGGUUUACUCUAUUUCCUUCCUGUCCUCUCGAUUUUCUGCAACAUCUUCGUCUGUCUCAUUCUUUAUCCUCUACCUCAUCCUGUGGUUGUUCGGCAUUGGAAUGUAUGCUUACCUGGUGCCCUUUCUACGGCUUGAUCCAGAAGCUGACGUUUUGGUCCCAGCUAUAGGGGGUUACAUACUGCUCAUUGUCAUCAUGGCCACACUGGCUGCUCGUACACGGCGGCCUCUCAUCCUGCUGGGCAGCCUGGUCUUCAUGGCUUCUGACCUCACGAUUGCACUGACAAAGUUCAAUGUCUUUGAUGUCGAAUACAAAAAGCACAUUAUUAUGACAACAUACUACCUGGCACAGCUGAUGAUUGCGCUGGGUGACGUGAAGGCAGCGCUGGAGGAGGAAGCUGAUGAUAUCCACAAGUGGAAGAGAUCAUAAGACUGCUGUUGAUGGACAUUGGUUCAGUGAUGCUACACAAACACUACGUUGUGUAUCAUCAUCACUGAGAAGAGUUGAACACUGUAUAAAAUGGGGCCACUUUGGAUAAACCUGUGUCUGUUUCACAGUAAAUGCACAACUACUGUGUGGACAUGACUUACUGUAGCCUAUAUCCCUAAAUAUAAAAAAUAUUACACAGUCUGACCUAUCAACUUAGACUUUAUUCCAACUUCACUAAAGCAGAUGAACAGACUCUUUGCUGAACUGAUUUGAUUUGAUUAAAUUUAAAACAACUAUA